UAAAAAUCAAAUGGAAACUAAAACCUUUUUAAAAUUAUAUCUCAAAUUAAAUAGUUUUUUUUUCUAAUUAGCUAUAUUUAAGCUGAAUCAGAUACCUAAACCGAACUCAGACCGAAUUAUAAUCAACUGGAUUAUGAAGGAAAAGUCGUCAAAAAGAUUGAGCCCUUUAAAAAUUAUGGAGAAAUAAUUGUCGUUUAUUUAAACUUAUGGUCCCCAUUAAUUAAAUCACAUAACGAAAAUUAAUAAUUAACAUACUGAAGUCUACGUUCUCUGGCGGCUUUAGAGAACGUUUCAAAACACGACAGCUUCAACAACAAGCAAAAAAAAGAACUCACAGACAAAAACUAUAAGAAAACAACAAACACAGACAUCACAAACUGUUUUCUUCUCCUCCCUUCAUUUCUUAAACAAAAAAAAUAUGGAUAACGUAGUCGCCAAGAAAGUCACGGCGAUGUUUAACCACCGGCGUUUAAACCGCUCUCGAUCAUCACUGUUCACAGCGUUUGCUUCCUCAGUUAUAUCUCUCAUAGUUUUCGCGAUCUUCAUCGUAUCUCAUGUACUGGUUAGAGACAUCUCCGAGGUGGUGAGGAUAGAGAUCAAGACAGUUGUUCCUUACUUACCUCUGAGGUCAGAGAAAGAGCAGAGUAACUAUACGAUCACAAUCACGGAGAGUAACAAUCUUCACGUUCUCGACGUUUUUGGAGGAAGAGACGUGUCGGAGAAGUUUCAGCAGAGAGCAACAGAGUUUUCGAGAGAUGAUUGCGAAGUCAACUUCAUGAUGACGUGGAUCUCUCCUGCGGUUAUGUUCGGUAAGAGAGAGGUCUUGUCGGUAGAAAGCGUGUUUAAGUCUCAUCCUCGAGGCUGCUUGAUCAUUUUAUCAUCAACCAUGGAUUCUCCUCUAGGGUUUAGAAUCUUGAAACCGUUUCUUGAUCGUGGCUACAGAGUUACAGCUAUAACUCCUGACUUGCCUUAUCUUCUCAAGGACACGGCCGGAGAAACAUGGCUCGAGGAGAUUCAGACAGGGAAACGAGAUCCUGGGAAGAUCUCUUUAGCUCAGAACCUCUCGAACCUCAUGAGACUCGCGUACUUGUUCAAGUUCGGAGGUGUUUAUCUAGACACUGACAUGAUUGUUCUGAAGAGUUUCAAACACUUAAGGAACGUGAUCGGUGCGCAGACUCUCGAACCGGUUUCGAGAAACUGGACGAGGUUAAACAAUGCGGUUUUGAUCUUCGACAAGAACCAUCCUCUUUUGCUAAAAUGCAUUGAAGAGUUCGCGUUGACUUUUAAUGGAAACGUUUGGGGUCAUAACGGACCGUACCUUGUGUCUAGAGUGGCUAGAGCCGUGGAAGGAACCGAGGGAUAUAACUUUACCGUCAGGACACCUUCUGCGUUUUAUUCGGUUAAUUGGGUUGAGAUUGAGAAGCUCUUCAAGGUUCCAAGAACAGAGAAGGACUUGAAGAGAGUUCGAGUCAAGGUUCUUGAGAUGCAGAGGAGAAGCUAUGGAUUGCAUUUGUGGAAUAAGUUUAGUAGUAAGUUUGAGAUUGAAGAAGGUAGUGCCAUGGAUAAAAUUGUUACAGAUCAUUGUGUGAUCUGUGAGAAAAUCUCUGUAUCAUAAUGCUUUGUUUCAUUUUGUAAGUUCAUUCCAUUGUAGUAUAGCUUGUUAACUGUAAUUAGAAAUUUAAAAACCUCUUGUUUGGGCUCAUAAAUAAUCCAAAAACUAUUGGGCCUGGCUCAUUUAUUGAUCAGGUGCCUGUCUUCCCGGGAAAGUGUGAAACUUUCAAACGUUACAGGGUUUGGUUUGAUUGCCUACACAGGAAAAGGUUUGUUACUUGGGAGAACACCUGGACAGGAUGAAGAGCAACAUCAAGAUCAAAAUUUUACUGUUGUAAAAAUCACUAGAGACCUCUUCUGUUGUAAAUGGACUCACAGAAAUUUGUCUUUGUACAGUUUUGGUUCCAAAUGAUAUUACAAUAACCAGUGUUCUAAAAAUCAAUUAAGUCAAUACCUAGGUGGUAAAUUUUAUCUAAGCGAAACAAAUGAUUUUAUUAAAAAGCUGGUUUACGCGUUCAAAAAUCAGUUUAGGUGUUUGUCUAAUCAAUAAUCCAUUAUAAAAAGCCUAAUUACUGUCUAGCGAUUUAUUGAACACAAACGAUAACCAUCGAAUCCCUUUUCAAA